GAAUCAUUUUUUACUCUUGUGAGUUAAUUCAACUCUAAAACCAUCAUCAUCAUUAUCUUGGCGAUUAAUAUUCACUAAUCAAUAUUAAUUGAUCCAGUAUCUUUGUAUAUUCUUAAUUGUUUAAUUGUUAUCAUGGUUAAAUCAUUUUCCCUGUUUCCUGAAUAUCCUCAUCCGAUUGUUUCUCCAACCAACCAGCUUAAUGUAAACCAGAAUAAUGGAACAAGAAGGUAAUCAAGAAGACGACGACAAUAAUCAUCUUGUUUUCCGGUUAUUUUAUUCUUUAAUUUGGUUGAUCGUUUUUUUCUCCUACUUUUUACUGAUUUAAUUGUUUACCGUCUCGAAAGCAUCUCUCCGUUUUCCUUUAUCUAAUCAUCAUCUUCAUUAUGGUUUACCUGGAUUAUUUGUUGAUUCAAUAGUUGGAAUUUGUUUUUUUUUCUUCUGUUGUUCAAUCAAACCAACAAUCUAUCUGACUGAGUCUAUUCUUUGCCGAUUUCGAAUAGAAAUUCUAAACAAAAUUAGACUGUACCUGUUUCUAUUUGUUAACUUAUUUUCGGACAAUGUACAAACCAGCUAUCAUUGGAUUAAUUGGAUUACUUUUAAUUGGACUUGGAAUAGCGGCUUUACUUUUCGUCCCAGAAUUUGUUCAGAAAAAUAUUCAAAAGAAACUAAUUCUGAUUGAAGGAUCAACGGCUUACAAACUUUGGCAAAAAGUACCGUUACCAAUAUACAAUAAGUUUUACUUUUUCAAUGUGACCAAUUCUCAGGCCAUUGAACGGGAAGGUGCGAAACCGAUUCUCAAACAGAUUGGACCAUUUACCUAUCGGGUUUCGAUUGGAAAAUUUGCCAUAAGAAACAAUGGAAACGGAACUUUAUCUUAUCGUGAAAGGAAAAGUUGGCAUUUUGAACGGUCACUUUCAAUUGCCGACGAGAAUCAGCCGAUAACAACAUUGAACACACCAUUGGCGUUAACUUUAACUCUUAUUCAAGGUGCAAGUCCAACUGUUCGAGUACUGGUCACCCUGGCAUUAGAUGCGGUUACCGAAGGAUUUUUCAUCAAACGAACUGUGAAACAAUUGUUAUUUGAAGGUUAUCCCGAUCUUCUAACGACCUUUGGUCCUGUUCUCAAUCCCGGUAUUCCAUCUAACAAUGGUCGAUUUGGUUACAUGUUCCCGAAAAAUAAUACGGACGAUGGUCAAUAUACAAUUUUCUCGGGAGUUGAUUCGAUUAACUUGCUCAAUGUUAUUGAUAAAUAUAAUGGAAAGGAAAAAUUGUCUUAUUGGUCAACGGAAGAAUGUAAUUCAUUGAAUGGAUCGACAAAUGGUCAAAUGGGACCUCCAUUGAUUCACAAUGGUGGACUUUCAAGUCAACAGAAACAAUAUCAUGCAUAUUCAACUCAUGGUUACGACAGUCAACAAGUUAAUCAAUAUGAAGAAGAUGCUGAUCAUUUUGGUUUAGGUGAACAGCCUCCAUUUAUUAAGAUUUUUACCUCAGAGAUUUGCCGAUUAUUGCAUCUAAGAUACAAUUCAACUCAUCAACCCUAUCCCGAUCUCUCUGUCCACCGAUACACAUUUGAUGAGACCAAUUUUGCCUCCGCAGCCGAUUACCCGCCCAAUGAAUGUUACAUUAGUAAACUUCCCGCUCCAGCUCCUUCUUUACUUUAUUCACUCUCUCGUAAUCCACCGUCAUCAUCAUUGUCUUCAUCUCUUUCCUCCUUAACACAACCCUCACCUCUGUCAUCGUCAUCAUCAUCUUCAUCCACACCACCACCAUCCGGAGGACCUGUAGCAGGAGGAGGAUUAACAUCAAUUUUUCGUCCUCGACGUGAACCCUUUGCCUCCGGAGUUUUUGAUCUUUCAGCCUGUAAAUUUGGUGCACCCUUUUUAAUAUCACAACCUCACUUUCUCAAUAGUCAUCCUGUUUAUCGUAAUUCAGUUGUCGGCCUUUCGCCCAAUGAAAGUCGCCAUUCUUUCUGGAUGGACAUUGAACCAUUAACUGGAUCAACCGUCAACAUGGCUGCUCGAUUUCAACUAAAUGUCGCCAUAAAUAAAGCUCCAGGUCUUUUCCGUUAUCGUAAUAUACCUGAGAUUGUUUUCCCAAUAUUUUGGCAAGAAUAUCAUUUUGAAUUCACCAGAGAUUUGGCUCAACAACUAAUUGAUUUACGAGCUAUGCCUUACCUUAUAUCAUCGAUAUCAUUUUACACCUUCCUUUCGAUAGGAAUUGUACUGGUCCUAAUCUCCAUUUUAGUUUAUGUGAUUCCAUUUCUCAAGAUUCAUAAUCUUGAAAUCCACAGUAAACAUAUCCAAGGAAAUUUAAAUACACUCACCAAAUCUUCAAGAGAGGAUGACCGAGAGAUAUUAAGCCGGAAGACAUCAUCUAAUUCAUCUGGUGAUGGAUCGGAUAACCAAGAAAACAUAUCAUCAUGAAAAAAUUGACAAGUUCUCAAUGAAAUCAUGAGAAUCUGAAUUAUCUGUGAUAUUGAAUCAAAAAUUCAAACAAGAAAUUUAUCUGAGAUUAAUUUUCCACAACAUGUUGUAAAAGUUAUUUAUAUAUUAACAAUUUACUAAUUAAUAGCAAUUAAUUAUCUUAAACUUAUAUAUAUAUAAAUAAUUCUGGUAAUUUACACAAAAUUUAAUCAAAUUUAAUUUGAUCUCAUUUCGAUUAACAAUCAAAUGUACAAAAAGUUCAUUUUAUUUGAAAUUUUACCAACAAAAAGUAUUGAUUGCUAACGAUUAUCAGAAUUAAUUGAUUGUUCAGUUUAAUGAUUGUUUUUUUUACAUCAAUUGAAUUGAAGUUUUUACUUUGAACAAAUAAAACAAAAAGUUCAAAGUGAUUUUGUAUAAAUAAAACGAUAAUCAAGUGAUCUGAACAAUAAGAACCAGAACUUUUACAACAUUUAGAAUUGAAAAAACAUUCGAACAUUUUAAAAUCUAAUUAAAAUAAAAAGGUUCUAAUUGAA